CACAAUGCUCUGGGGCGUGCCGCCGCCGUCGCUGCCGCCUCCGCUACCGCUAGUGGAAGAAGAUGGCGGAAGGCGGAGCGGCAGAUCUGGACAUCCAGCGGUCUGACAUCGCGACGCUGCUCAAAACCUCGCUCCGGAAAGGGGACACCUGGUACCUAGUCGAUAGUCGCUGGUUCAAACAGUGGAAAAAGUAUGUUGGCUUUGACAGCUGGGACAAGUACCAGAUGGGAGAUCAAAACGUUUAUCCUGGACCCAUUGAUAACUCUGGGCUUCUUAGAGAUGGCGAUGCCCAGUCACUUAAGGAGCACCUUAUUGAUGAAUUGGAUUACAUACUGUUGCCAACUGAGGGCUGGAAUAAACUUGUCAGCUGGUACACAUUGAUGGAAGGUCAGGAACCAAUAGCACGAAAGGUAGUUGAACAGGGUAUGUUUGUAAAGCACUGCAAAGUAGAAGUCUAUCUCACAGAAUUGAAGCUCUGUGAAAAUGGAAACAUGAACAACGUUGUAACACGAAGAUUUAGCAAAGCUGACACAAUAGAUACAAUUGAAAAGGAAAUAAGAAAAAUCUUCAAUAUUCCAGAUGAAAAGGAGACCAGAUUGUGGAACAAAUACAUGAGUAAUACAUUUGAACCACUGAAUAAACCAGACAGCACCAUUCAGGAUGCUGGUUUAUACCAAGGACAGGUGUUAGUGAUAGAACAGAAAAAUGAAGAUGGAACAUGGCCAAGGGGUCCGUCUACUCCUAAGUCCCCAGGUGCAUCCAAUUUUUCAGCUUUACCAAAGAUCUCUCCUUCAUCUCUAUCAAAUAAUUAUAACAACAUCAACAACAGAAAUGUGAAAAACUCAAAUUAUUGUCUCCCAUCAUAUACCGCUUAUAAGAACUAUGAUUAUUCAGAACCUGGAAGAAACAAUGAACAACCAGGCCUCUGUGGCCUAAGUAACUUGGGAAAUACGUGUUUCAUGAACUCAGCUAUUCAGUGUUUGAGCAAUACACCUCCACUUACUGAAUAUUUCCUGAAUGAUAAGUAUCAAGAAGAACUGAAUUUUGACAAUCCCUUAGGAAUGAGAGGUGAAAUAGCUAAAUCUUAUGCUGAAUUGAUCAAGCAAAUGUGGUCUGGAAAGUUCAGCUAUGUCACACCAAGAGCCUUUAAGACACAGGUAGGACGUUUUGCACCUCAGUUCUCUGGAUACCAGCAGCAGGACUGUCAAGAACUAUUAGCUUUCCUAUUAGAUGGACUACAUGAGGAUUUGAAUAGAAUUAGGAAAAAACCAUAUAUACAAUUAAAAGAUGCUGAUGGAAGACCAGAUAAGGUAGUUGCUGAAGAAGCCUGGGAAAACCAUUUAAAAAGAAAUGAUUCUAUCAUAGUAGAUAUAUUUCAUGGCCUUUUUAAAUCAACUUUAGUUUGUCCCGAAUGUGCUAAGAUUUCAGUAACAUUUGAUCCUUUUUGUUACUUGACACUUCCAUUGCCCAUGAAGAAGGAACGUACCUUGGAAGUUUAUUUAGUUAGAAUGGAUCCACUUACCAAACCUAUGCAGUACAAAGUGGUUGUCCCCAAAAUUGGAAACAUACUUGAUCUUUGUACAGCACUGUCUCUCUUGUCAGGAGUACCUGCAGAUAAGAUGAUAGUUACUGAUAUAUACAAUCAUAGAUUUCACAGAAUAUUUGCAAUGGAUGAAAAUCUUAGUAGUAUUAUGGAACGGGAUGAUAUUUAUGUGUUUGAGAUUAACAUAAAUAGGACAGAAGAUACAGAGCAUGUGAUUAUUCCUGUUUGCCUGAGAGAAAAAUUUAGACACUCAAGUUACACCCACCAUACUGGUUCUUCACUUUUUGGUCAGCCUUUUCUUAUGGCUGUUCCACGAAACAAUACUGAAGAUAAACUCUAUAAUCUUUUGCUUGUGAGAAUGUGCCGAUACGUCAAAAUAUCUUCUGACACUGAAGACUCUGAAGGAUCCCUGCACUGCUGUAAGGACCAAAACAUUAACGGGAAUGGCCCGAACGGCAUCCAUGAGGAAGGCUCACCGAGUGAAAUGGAAACAGAUGAGCCAGAUGAUGAAUCCAGCCAGGAUCAAGAACUGCCCUCCGAGAAUGAGAAUAGUCAGUCUGAAGAUUCAGUUGGAGGCGAUAAUGAUUCUGAAAAUGGAUUAUGUACUGAAGAGACUUGCAGAGGUCAACUCACGGGACACAAAAAGCGAUUGUUUACAUUCCAGUUCAACAACUUAGGCAAUACUGAUAUCAACUACAUCAAAGAUGAUACCAGGCAUAUAAGAUUUGACGAUAGGCAGCUUAGGUUAGAUGAAAGGUCUUUUCUUGCUUUGGAUUGGGAUCCUGAUUUGAAAAAAAGAUAUUUUGAUGAAAAUGCUGCUGAGGAUUUUGAAAAACAUGAAAGUGUGGAAUACAAACCUCCUAAAAAACCCUUUGUGAAAUUAAAAGAUUGCAUUGAGCUUUUUACAACAAAAGAAAAGCUAGGUGCUGAAGAUCCCUGGUAUUGUCCCAAUUGUAAAGAACAUCAGCAAGCCACAAAGAAAUUGGAUUUAUGGUCUCUGCCUCCAGUACUUGUGGUACAUCUCAAGCGAUUUUCUUAUAGUCGAUACAUGAGAGACAAGUUGGAUACCUUAGUUGAUUUUCCUAUCAAUGAUUUGGAUAUGUCAGAAUUCCUAAUUAAUCCAAAUGCAGGUCCUUGCCGCUAUAAUUUGAUUGCUGUUUCCAACCACUAUGGAGGAAUGGGAGGAGGACACUAUACUGCUUUUGCAAAAAAUAAAGAUGAUGGAAAAUGGUACUACUUUGAUGACAGUAGUGUCUCAACUGCGUCUGAAGACCAGAUUGUGUCCAAAGCAGCAUAUGUACUCUUCUACCAGAGACAAGACACUUUCAGUGGAACUGGCUUUUUCCCCCUUGACCGAGAAACUAAAGGUGCUUCAGCUGCCACAGGCAUCCCACUAGAAAGUGAUGAAGAUAGCAAUGAUAAUGACAAUGAUACAGAAAACGAGAACUGUAUGCACACUAACUAAUGAAAGUCCUAGAAGCCAUAAAAGAGAGACUUUCCUGCUGGUGGUGUCUAUUGAAAUGAUGAAAUUACCCACCACAUUAAACAAAAGUCUGAGAUGGGGAGUUUCAGAUCACUGAAUGUAAAUCCUUUAUCAGAUUUUAACUUGUGCAGUACUUGAAGUGAAACACAAUGAAAACUUUAACAGAAAUUGUCUCUUAAUACAUUUACAGUCUUGUAUUUACAAGCUAAAUAUAUAUAGGAAAUCACAAAUAAAUCCCUUUUAAGUUU